GGCCUGGCGGGCAGCCGUUGCGGACCGUUGGCUCGAAUGCGGGCAACGAAGGAGUCCCCAAUCGUACGCACGACGACACACAGAGGCGGCGUGGGCGGCAACGGUCGGUUUUUGAAUCGCAGGCGCGAACGUUUGUCGUCUUCGCUGCCGGUCGACGACAUAUGAAGGUCCAGCGGCCUUGUCCGCGGGGUUGUGAGGAGAAAGUUGAGCAGGACGUCACGUGCAAGGUCGCCUGUCCACGUCAAAUUCAUGGCAGACAUGCAGAGGAGAUUGCCUCUGCUGCUUCUCGUUGUGGUCGUCUUCGUCUUUGUCGUCUUUCUCCACGUGUGCUUGUCGUGUCGGCCGUGGAAGCAACGUCGCAAGCGCUUCAAGAGGGACAUCCCAUGGCGGGCAUGCAGGCACGCGCUGUUCUGCCUACAGCUGAGGUCGGAAGAAAACCUGCGACGACGGAGCCUUCACGGUGGUACGACCCAUCCAUGUACAGCCAUCUGCCGUCGUGGGAGACGCCGCUGCCUCCCUCGGACGAGGAGCCGGAGGGGGAUGAACUUCCAACGUUUCCUCUCGGCAGCGGGUCGACGCAGUUGUUGUCGCAGACGGUGCUCGCAGGUGGGGCGGCAAGCAACGGACACGACGAGCACACGACACUUCUGCAGCAGGGCUUGGGAGACGACGACGACGAGGGAGUUGAUCUCCGGAUCGGGUUGUGUUCUGGCGGCGGUAGGGAGCCGAGCCGCACGUUCAUCAUCGACGUCGAUCCUUCACCACGUGGCGUUCAACUAUCUGGAAGUCGCCAUACAGAGCAGUCCACACUUCGUGGCGGUGCAUCCGUUACUGGCGGUGUCGGGCCAUCGGCAUCAGGCCGGCAGCAUGGAUCGAGUGCAGCCUCCACCGAUCGAUUGAUAAGCACCUGCCCCACACGCCAUGGAGUCGCAGUCGGGUCCCUGUGCAUCGGCGGUACACUUCAUUCGACGCCCAAAACCACAACGCCGGCCCCACCCGACCUCAGGGACGACGGCACGUGCAGACCAGCGGUGCGCCCAGCACCUAGUGUGGAGAAUAUCACACGAGGAGUGUCAAACAUGCGGGCACACAGCGAUGGCGGCGACGACGAUGGUGGUGGCGGUGACGAUGUCGACGAACGAUUCGGGGAGGACGUGGAGGCAGGGGACGACGGCGACGACAUUCCUAUUCGGCCUUUGGGGAAGACGGGUGGGAGGGGGAGAGGACGCAGCAGGGGUGUUGUUCGUGGUCGAUCCGUUGGCCGUGGGGGCAGAGGUGGCGUCAGCGACGACGGCRGGAAGUCUGCGACGUACUGGUCCCCGGAAGAGCAAAYGCAACYKGUGASAUGCAAGCGGGAGCAAGAGAUGCACCUCGCCGGUCUCGGUCACAAUUACGGGCGGAUGCGGACCAAGGAGUGGAAGUGGGASGACAUUGCCAAGCRCAUGGCGAAYGCGGGGAGGCCUAAAGACGCGGAGGACUGCAUGAAGAAGUGGGACAACAUCUUCCAAAACUACAAGAAGGUACAGAGGUUUCAGAAUGCGAGUGGCCGGCCAGAUUUCUUCCGGCUUUCGAAUGAAGAAAGGAAGGAGCACAAGUUCAAGUUCCUGAUGGAGAGGGCGCUGUACAACGAGAUCCACGCAGGCAUGGUUUGCGCGCACACGAUAGAUCUGUCCAUGGACUUGCCACUGUGGUUCGUCGGCGCCAACAUCGAGGACAGACCGGACGACGACGACAUGGCGGCGCACCAAGAGUCCACCGUCAUCUGUGUCGCGUAUGCAUUCCGCGCGGCGGUGCAAAUGGGGGCGCUCAUCGACGGCGACUUCAUCUCGCACGAGCAUCUUUGUCGGGUGGCUGACUGCUUCAGGUUGUUGUUGGCGGCGUGCAUGUGGAUAAUGCACAUGGCAGGAGACGAUCCGCGCAGCCACUAUGAGGCUUACUACUUCGCGGACCUCGUGGCGAAACCCACACUCGUCGCGGCCAUGCAUCGCUCCUUCGAUCUUCGACGAUCCGUCGUCCGCGCCUCGAAAGUCGUCACAGAGAGGCUCGGGAAGGCAAAAGCUACGUUCGGACAGCACCCCGACUACAUCCCUCAUUGGGCACCCUGCAGCAUUGGUUUCAGGCACGACGCGAGCAUCACGGGGCCGGAGGAUGCGAAGAAGCUGGAUUGGUUGGGUUCGGCACCCCCAGUGAUGACAACAACAACGACGGGAAAGAUGACGCGUAGGGGGGUAGUGGGGGGGGGUUGGGGGGGGGUGGCGGGCGCAUGUGCAAGUGGCUGGUCAUCGUGGGCUUCACUGGGGUUGCACCAUUGCAAAGUGCGCACUUGUUUAGUGUGUCGGCGAUAGGGAUUCCGCGGAAUCGUCCUCACUUGUGCAAUUGUUUAGCGCGUCGGCUCUGCCACGAAG